AUGAAAUCAGAAGUUAUUCAUUAUACAGUUGGCCCUCAAUAUAAUGAAUCUAUUGAAGAGGAUAAAGCUACUAAUGAAAUUAAUGAUUCGCCAUCAUUAGAAUCUUCCGAAGAAAUGACUACUGACACACUAUUACUUAGAAUUUUUAAAAAACUGAUUACUGAAAAUGAUAAUGAAAUAGAUGAUUAUCCAUUUGAGAAACGUUUUAAAGAAAAGAUUUUAGCCGUGAUCGAAGCGGAUAAAGCUGUUAAUGCUAUAUCAUCAUUACUGGGACUUUUAGAUAAAUUAGCUAUUGAAGACUUUGAUGCUGCUAAAGAAUCUACUUUUGAGGAGUAUUAUGAACGAUCCGAUAUUGAUAUAGAAAUUGGUGCAAAGAAUGUAACUCCAAAAGAUUUCAAGAAAAUUUUGAACCAAGGAAUAUAUGAGUUACUUGAAUGGAUUUCUUAUACAAAAUUAAGAAAUAUUAAAAAAAUUACAGUAGGUGGUUUCGGUAUAGUUUAUAAAGGAGUUUGGUUAGAUGGACUUAUAAGUCAUUGGGAUUAUGAAAAACAAGAUUGGAAACGUGUAACUCAUGAACUUAAUGAAUAA